ACAGAGACACGCCCAUGUGCAGGGUGCAGGCCAUGCUUCACAAGCAUAGAAAAUGAAGCAAUAUUUGAAAAUAAUUAAAAAAUCAGGAAUGCAUUUUCAUAUUUGAGUUAUACAGAAUAGAAUAACUCCACACGAGCAAGCAGAGGAGACAGAGGAAAAACUGGAACGGACAGAUCAUGUGGAGGGAUUCAAACCCUGGUUCAGGCUCAGAGGGUGCUGAAGAGGCAGGAUGCACCCUGAAGAGGCCAGCAGUCCAUCGCAGGACAAACACAGAGAGACACGUCCACAUUAAUUAUGAGAAACCCUGCAGGGAGAACAUGCAGACAUGGCCUGAGAGGGUGUCGGCGCUGGUUCCCGGCCUGACUCAGCAGCCGUGCAGGACUCUGACGUACUUUAGCCUGAGGAAGGGGAAGAGGAAGUCGGUGAAGUCCGUGCCGGACAGGUUCAUGAGGCUCCACUGCGGCCUCUGGAUCAGACGCAAGGCCGGAUACAAGAAGAAGCUGUGGAAGAAGCUGCCGGAGAGGCGGAAGCGCCUCAGAGAGAUCGUCUUCUGUAACAAGACCCAGAGCAAGCUUCUGGAUAAAAUGACCACGUCCUUCUGGAGGAGGAGGAACUGGUACGUCGACGAUCCGUACCUCAAGUACCACGACCGGGUCAACCUCAAAGUCUGAACAGCGCCGAACAGUUACUCAAUAAAAACCAAACAAACACUCGGUGGAAGGUUUGAUUCAUAUUUAAUGACUGUGAGUCGAUUCACCGACAGAAAAGAAACUGGUGGAACAAUAAAGCGAUGGUCGUAAACCACCACAUCGUCACGUCACUGCCUUUCGUUGAAUAACCACAAUCAAGCUGAAACUGAAGUCAGUGACAUUCUGGCCUGCCAGAAAAAAAAAAAAAAAGAAACAGAAGUGGUGAAAAGACGAGUUUGUUCUGCGUGGAGAAAAGAAAACCCUCAGUGGCUCUUCUGACAGAAUAAGACAAGGUUUGUUCCACUGAUGAGUUACCAGAAAGCAAUAGCAGGAAAAUCACUGUGGGAGCCGAUGUCUCACUGAGACGCAACAUCACAGUCGUACAAUUCCCCAACCUGCCCCUGUUAGGGGAGCAAUGGGACCAGGGGUUGUGUUUAAGCUUUUGUUUUCUUUGAUACACAUUUCAAGUAUAUUUCAGUUUAAGAACUGAAACCUUUUGGUUUAGUCUCCAAACACUAAAGAGCAGCAUGGGGCUGCAGGUUUCAGACUUUUUACAUUAUGAUUUAAAACUUCGCAAGGUAAAGUGAACAUCCAUUCAGGCUCUUGACAAGUUUUGCAGUUAGCCUCAGACUAACACUCUUAUUUAAAUGCAUUGGUUUAGCAUUUUAAGCUUUGAAAAACAGAAAUUACUACAUUUUUACAUGGUUUUCAGUGUACAAAACCAUCAUAGAAAUUAAUUUGUACUGAUAUCAGUAAAUAUCAGCGAUCGGCAUCAGUUGCAGUGAUGAUCAGAAAACCACAGGAGGGGUAAACACCUCUUCAUAAUUGAAGCGUCAGGUUUGCUAACGCUGGUCGAGUUGGAGCUCAGUGAGACAGCAGCUUCACCAGCAGGUCGCCUGAAGAGGCCGACGGCGCCGCACAAACCAAAUCCUCAUACAAAUGAAUAACAAACAUCAUGCAGUGAUGAGUUUAUUCAUCUACGAAUACAAACUGUAACUCAGCAACGUUUGUUUUUUUUUCCUCUGCAUGAAUUUAAACUGAAGGAGAUCAGCUCCAACACUAACACUGAUACUACUAACUCUGAAACACAGAUGAGUUCUUUUUUUUUUCUUCACCGUUUAUCCGUUAAAAGGACAUUUCAUGUGCAUAAUAAGUGUAUUUAUCUACAACAUCAGAGUGAAGGACGUGUAAACAGAACGGUUGUACCUGAGAAGCUCUCGUUUCAAACUUCAACACCACCAUAGAAACACACAGAUGAGGAGAACCGUGAAUCUGACGGGCGCGCUGGAACGCCGGCACAGUGGGAAACAUGGCCAGGGUUCCAACGUACAGGGGAAAGACAAAAAAAAAAAUAAAAUAAAAACAACACGACUGUGCAACUGUCAAGUUUGUAAACCUGCAAACGACCAAAGCAAAAUGUCC